CUGAAACUGUGAACCAGAAUUUAAGGAAAAAGGGCUACUUCAGUAGUUUGUGUGGUGGCUUUUAUUGUUCCUCUUCAAAAGCAUUCAUUCUCGGAUCAAGCUUUGUGUUCUCUCAUUUCUUGAUAAAAGUGAGGGAUAAGGUGCCUGAAAAUUCGCUUAAAAUUUCAACUAUAGAGUUUAUUAUUAAAAUAAAACAAUAGAUGUUUGGAAUUUAACCGUAGUAUUAUAUAUGCUCAGUCAAUUAAAAAUGAUCACAGAUGUAACUAUUAUAAUAAUUAUAAUAGUCUAUACUUGGAUAAAUCUAAACAAGUAAAAAGGAAACAAAAAAUAUUGCACUAUCACUCCUAAACCUGCGAUGAACAUAAAUAUGGCACCAGCUGUGGCAUUGUUAAGGUUUGGCCCUGAAACUGUUUUGUAAAACAAAAUCACAAACAUCAACGAGAGAAAGAAGAGGAGAUGUCAGACUCAGCAGAUCCAUUAGUGAUAUCAUUCGGUGAGAUGCUCAUCGACUUUGUUCCUGACACAUCUGGUGUCUCCUUGGCUGAGUCUCCUGCUUUUAUCAAAGCCCCUGGAGGUGCUCCUGCUAAUGUAGCUUGUGCCGUAGCCAAACUUGGUGGCAAUGCUGCUUUCAUUGGCAAGGUGGGAGAUGAUGAGUUUGGAAAGAUGCUUGUUGAUAUUUUGAGGAAAAACAAAGUCAACACUGAUGGCAUUUGCUUUGAUACGGAGGCAAGAACUGCUUUGGCAUUUGUGACAUUGAGGAAGGAUGGAGAGAGGGAGUUCAUGUUUUACAGAAAUCCCAGUGCAGAUAUGUUGCUGGCGGAGUCAGAAUUGAAUAUGGGUUUGAUCAAGAAGGCUAAGGUAUUUCAUUAUGGAUCCAUUAGUCUGAUAUCAGAGCCAUGCAGAUCAGCACACUUGGCUGCAAUGAAAGUUGCUAGAGAAAGUGGUGCUUUGCUCUCUUAUGAUCCAAAUGUGAGGCUUCCUUUGUGGCCUUCUAAGGAGGCUGCUAGGUCUGGAAUCAAGAGCAUAUGGUUUGAUGCCGACUUCAUCAAGGUGAGUGAUGACGAAGUUAAAUUCCUAACAGAAGGUGAUCCUGAGAAGGAGGAUGUUGUGAUGUCCCUGUGGCACGACAAAUUGAAAUUGCUUCUAGUCACAGAUGGAGAAAAGGGUUGCAGAUAUUUCACCAAGAACUUCAAAGGAAGAGUAAAUGGAUUUUCAGUGAAGGCAAUUGACACAACUGGUGCUGGUGAUUCUUUUGUGGGUGCACUUCUCACAAGUGUGGCCAGGGACACUUCCAUAUUUGAGAAUGAACAAAAAUUGAGAGAGGCUUUGACGUUUUCGAAUGCUUGUGGAGCAAUUUGUACAACAGCGAAGGGUGCAAUUCCUGCACUUCCAACCGUAGCAGAGGCUUCCAAAUUUAUUUCCAACUCUAAACCUUCAUAGACUCUCUUCCACAUUUGCUAGUCCACAGAACCAGCCAUUCAUUUUCAUGUCAGAGUUUCGUCUUAUUAAUAUAGCUUUGAUAUUUCAUACCCAAUCACUUCAAAUUCUUGUUUCUGUUUAUGAAUAAUAACAGAUAUGCUUUUCAUUC